AUGGAUGAGGAGGAGAAGAGACAGCGGCCUUCUGGCAUCCUCAGGUUGGACAUCAGCAAACCGAGAAGAUCAUCAGGUGGAUCCGUGGAAUUCCGAAGUCAACCUGAACUUCUCGGGGAGCAUCCCGGUGGGUCUGCAUCGCCCUCGUCGCAGCAACUGUCGGUGACCUGGGCCUUCCAGGAGGCCGAUGAGGAUGGUCAGGAGAUGCUGAAGGCGCGCCAGGAGACGCCCAAACAGAAGGAAGAGCAGAAGGAUCGCGGCAAGGAGUCGCCCAUUUAUAUGGAACCGUCGAGUCCUCUGGACUUGCCAGCAGCCAGAGAUUCCGAGGACGAGGAUUUGGAGGAGUACAGUGUCUCCGUGUCGGCCAUAAUGCAGCGGCGAGCAAGUACGCGAGGGGCACGAAAGAGGGGCUACAGGAGCCCCAGAAGAGCCUCUAGUCCCAUGGGUAAUGCAAUGAGCUUUCCAGGUGGACCGGACAGGAGGCGCUCAAGUGUUUACACAACCAGUUCUGGAGACUUUGAGGAUGGAAAUCAAGAAUCUACACAAGAACAGAUCAUUGAGAACAUCAGAUUACAUAAGGAAGUCAUUCAGUCUGUGAAGCUUCAAGCAUGGAGCAUCAGAAGAAAGCUUAAACUAAUGCAUCAAGCCAAAUCCUAUGUGGCACAGCAUGAGGGAGCCCUUCAAGAGCGCUUCGCUAUGUCCAGAAGCACCAGAGAUCUCCUGGCGCGUUUCAAGCUCUUCCUCGCCGCGAAAUGGCAACAUGGGCGACGUGAGCUAGCCAACAUCUCCACAAUCCUGAUCCCAUGGGAGCGGCGAAUUAAGGAGAUUGAGUCCCAUUUUGGCUCCGUCGUGGCGUCAUACUUUACAUUCUUGCGCUGGUUAUUCUGGGUGAACAUUGUUAUUGCAGUUGUGCUGACAAUUUUCGUCGUGGUGCCCGAGAUUGUCGCCACAAAAUCCGUGGGCAAGAAUGACGACCGGAAGCAAAUGCUGCCAGAAGAGAAGGCGACAGCCACCAACUUCCUGACCAUCUGGGACUUUGAGGGAUUUCUCAAGUAUUCACCCCUCUUCUAUGGGUAUUACUCAGAUGUUUCCGGAACACUUUGGGGCUAUAAAUUACCUCUGGCGUAUUUCCUAACGGGCCUCGUAGUCUACAUCUACAGCUUCGUGGCCACGUUGAGAAAGAUGGCGGAAAAUUCCCGCAUGUCGAAAUUAUCAUCCAAGGAUGAUGAAUGCGUCUUCUCCUGGAAACUGUUUACCGGCUGGGACUUUAUGAUUGGACACGCGGAGACGGCUCACAACAGAGUGGCUUCUGUCGUACUGAGCUUCAAAGAAGCCCUUCUGGAGGAAGCUGAGAAGAAGAAAGACAAGCGCAACUGGAAAGUGAUAGGCCUGAGAAUAGUAGUGAAUCUAAUAGUAGCUGGUCUCCUAGUCGUUUCCGCAUAUGCUGUUGUAAUGGUUGUAAAUCGAUCUACAGAACCAGAAGCUAAUGAUACGUGGUGGAGACGGAAUGAGAUCACCAUUGUCAUGUCGCUCAUCUCCUUCUUCUUCCCUAUGUUCUUCGAAGGCCUAGGCUUUAUGGAGAGUUAUCAUCCAAGACAACAGCUUCGCUUACAACUUGCACGGAUUAUGCUGUUGAAUCUCUUGAAUUUAUACUCACUGAUCUUUGCGCUAUUCGAUAAGAUAACUGACAUGAAUACGGAAUUGCUGGAGAUCAAAGCAAAUAUAAGCAUGGAUCACAGUUUGUCUCUGCCUAGGACAACUCCACUUACAACUGAGGCUUUUUCUGUGGACUUUCUGCCAACAGAAGCAGUGUCGAUGGCAGAUUAUAUUAUGACAAGUGUGGCUGAAGUUGAAGAAAUCGCAACAACUUUUUUGAGUGACAUCACAUCAACUGUUCACACUACAAUAUCAUCCUGGACUGAGGGUUACCAAGAAGUGUCCACAACACCAAAUUGUAGACAAGUUGAAGUUAAUUGCACAGUUAAUGCUACAACGUUCUUAACAACCCUUAUUUUAUCGGGAAAAUUCAACACCACAAAUAAUGAUACAGUGUUUAAUGAGACCGCGAAUGAGACCUUCUACCAGCAAUUCAAUGAAACCUUCGACUAUGACAGUGACUAUGAAGUUGAGAAUUACACUACAAUCUAUCCUUCGACCUCAACUAUUCCUAUUGAAAUCACCACAAAAACCACAACCACUGAAGAAUACUACGAUUACUAUGACUAUCCCGCUGAUCAGCCUUCUCCUGACCAUUUCAACUUCUUCAAUUUCAUAGGCAAUAUUUUUGCGUCGAAAAACUUAACGGAAAAUGGCACAGAUUGGCAAAAUAUGACAGAUUUUGAAUUAUUCUUACGGAAUUUCUCUUCACCGGACGCAAAUGGAACAAUGAUGGACAAUGUGACGGAUUUAAUUAUGCGCCUCGAAGACUUCAUGCCGGAGGAAAAGUGCUUUGAGAUUGUCUGCGAUGAGGAGCCCGAAGAUGGAUGGUCAACAUUGACCGCAGUGACAGAAAAACCAUCCACCAGUUCAGAUAUUUUCACCCAAACCACGACCGAAGAGGCAUAUUUGGCCGAGACAUCAACACUUGGUGACACGACGACGGAAGUUAUUCGUGUCACUACUGGGAUUGAGGAAAAACUCUCAUCAACAACCUUUGAAACUCCAACAAUGGUCACAGAAGUCUCCACGGAACCUCCAUCGACAGACAUCAACGUAUUGAGAAGAAGAGCCAAUUUCAUCAACAACGAGACAAAGAAGAAACUGCGAAAGCUCUGCUGGGAGACAAUGUUUGGCCAAGAACUUGUGAAACUCACUGUGAUGGAUCUCCUCAUCACUGUUAUGUCCACUAUGCUGCUGGACUUCUUCCGUGCACUCUUUGUGCGCUUCAUGAACAAAUGCUGGUGCUGGGAUCUGGAGAAACGCUUCCCCAAGUAUGGAGACUUCAAGAUAGCCGAAAACAUCUUGCAUCUCGUCAACAAUCAGGGAAUGGUGUGGAUGGGGAUGUUCUUCUCGCCAGGACUAGCAAUUUUGAAUCUGAUCAAACUCGUCAUUAUAAUGUAUUUGAGAUCAUGGGCCGUUCUCACUUGUAACGUGCCACACGAAGUGGUUUUCAGAGCGUCCAGAUCAAAUAACUUCUAUCUAGCGCUACUAUUGACCAUGCUUUUUCUCUGUGUCCUACCUGUAGCUUUUGCAAUAGUGUGGCUGGAGCCUUCUUGGCAUUGUGGCCCAUUCUCCAAUAGAUACAGAAUAUACUACAUCUUUACAGAAACUCUACGAGAAACCCUCCCUAAGACACUCCACAAGCCACUAGAUUACAUCGCCUCGCCGAGCACCGUGAUUCCAUUGCUGCUUCUACUUGUCCUUAUCAUCUACUACCUGAUUUCACUGACAAAUGCCCUAAGGGAAGCCAAUCAAGACCUUAGGAAUCAAUUGCGACGUGAACGGGUUGAAGAGAGGCGAAAAAUGCUGAAAUUGGCAGAGAAUAAACCAUCCACUGAAGGAAAUGCUCCGCCCGGAAUAUCUGAGAGAUGGAGAAAAGUCUUAGAGAAUGCCACAUCUCCUCUCACACCAACUGGAGCUGCUCCCGUGGACGCAGAAGAGAAUAAGAUGCAAGCGAAGAAAGAACUCCUGCAGAGAAUCAUGAAGAAAGCUUUGCGCAAAAGCUCCGCCACGUCUGACGAAGACAGCACCCCGGCCGCUCCUGCUGCACCGGCAGACGAUGAAACAGACACUGAACAGCACGAAUCCCUGCCUCAUGACCAGGAAGAACAUGAUAAUAGAGUCAACAAGCAAAAGCACGAAGGGAGACCUAGAGAAUCCCUCCCAGAAAUCCUCAAAAAACUCAGAGAGGCAGCCAAACGGCAGAAACAAGAAGAGGGCAAAGAAUCACCUGAAAAGAAAGCAGGAAAUGACCAUCCAUUGAAGAAAUUCAAGGUUGACAGAGAUCCUCUGACUCAUAGGAAGUCAGAUUUCAGUGGUAUUCCGGAGAAAGAAAAGGUCCCUGUCUUUAAUUUUGACCUGCCAAAUCUUGAGGAAGACCUGAAGAUUAGCACAUCAGAAGAGGAGAAGGAUGACUCGUUUUCUAAGACCGUGCACAAAGGUGCAGUUGUUUGCAAGGAGUUUACAGCUCCCAAGAGUGAAAAGCCCAAAUUCGGAAUGAUUAGACCGAAGAAAAAUCCACAACCUGAAUCUCCAUCUCCAAAGAGUGAAACUUCAGUUAAGGUGGAUCCUGAACCUGUAGUAAAAGAGCCCAAGGUGAAGACAAAGUUCAACUCGUUCUUCAAUCUCGUGAAGGAAGCUAUUCAGGCGAAGAAGGAUCAGGAAGAGAUUGCAGUGGUUGAGGAAGUCAAGGGUGAAUCUUCAGGAACUCAUCCCAAGAAAGUGACUAAAAGACAGGACUCAAUGGCUUCAAUAUGGUCGGACAACAUCCCAACGAUCACCAUCAGUAAAACUGAAAGCGAUGAGUGUAUUCUCGAAGGGAAAGAACAGCCAGAAGAUAGUAAAGAUAAGGAUUCAGCUGAUAGCUCCUAAAUUAUGAUUAUGCGAUAUUUUCUCCAGGUUUUGUGUGACGUCUUUCAGGAAUCAACAUAGGAUCUCCCUUCAUAGUAGAGGUCAAGAACUCUCGCGAAACCCUAUCGUAUCACAAGCGAGUGACACAAAUUCGAUGGAUGGGUUUUUUGGGCAUCAAAAGGCAGAUCACGGGGGCACGCGAUAAGCAGAUAAGCCAUAUACACUCUCGCACACACUUUAUUUGUAUUGAUCGUGUUGAUCUUCUGUUCAGAGAUAUAUAGCAAAUGUAUGACCGUUAGUAUUCAAAUAAAUUUUAUCUCCCAAAUCUCAAAAGCGCGGGAGUGAUUUCAGCCCGUGGAUGCUGAUUUUCCACAUCUGGCACGAGGGAAAAGGAAAGAUGAUCGUGUGUAUGGUCACGAUCUUUCCGGUUUUGAGUGUAGUGGAGAAGAAAGAAGUCAUUUGACCAACAAAUUUCAUAGUGAUCAUCCAUCGAUUGUCAGGAGGAUCGUGUAUAAGUGAUAGCAGUGCGAUUCGGUGAUUAGUGGUCAAGUGAUCAAUGUCUAAUU